CGACACUCAGUCCUCUCUUGUCAGAGCCAGAGUACCCUUCCAGCCUCUCUUCACCAUGGCAACAGUCUUCGCCAGCCGCUCCUCCAUGGGAGGCGGAUUCUCCAUGGGCUCGUCCCGCAUGUCCAUGUCCGGUGGAGGCAUGAGUGUGGGCGGUGGGCUCGGCGGCGGCCGCAUGAUGAGGGCGGGCAGCGUGUACGGGGGCGCCGGGGGUUCUGGGGUGCGCGUCUCCAGCGCCGCCAGCCUGGGGUCGGCGGGCGGCUUCGGUGGAGGGUUCGGAGCGGGCGGCGGGUUCGGAGCGGGCGGCGGCGGCGGUGGAUUCAGCAUGUCCAUGGGCGGGGAGGGCAGCGUCAUCGGCAACGAGAAGGGCACCAUGCAGAACCUCAACGACCGUCUGGCCACCUACCUGGCCAAGGUGCAGAUCCUGGAGAGGGCCAACGCCGAGCUGGAGCUGAAGAUCAGGCAGUUCCUGGAGAGUAGGGUCGGACCUGCUGGCCACGACUACGGUGCCUUCAUGGCCAGCAUCACUGACCUGCAGACCAAGAUCCAGGGGGCCAUUCAGCUGAAGGGAUCUGUGCAUCUGGCCAUAGACAAUGCCAGCCUUGCCAUGGACGACUUCAGAGUCAAGUAUGAGACCGAGCUCACCAUGCGCCAGUCUGUGGAGGCGGACAUUGCUGGUCUGAAGAGGGUGCUGGACGAGCUGAACAUGACCAGGGCUGACCUGGCCAUGCAGAUCACUGGCCUGCAAGAGGAGCUCGUCUUCCUCAAGAAGAACCACGAGGAGGAGCUUGUGGCCCUGCGUGCUCAGAUGUCUGGCCAGGUUCAUGUGGAGGUGGACGCGGCUCCUCAGGAGGACCUCACCAAGAUCAUGGCCGAGAUCCGGGAACACUACGAGGCAGUCUCAGCCAAGAACCAGAGGGACCUUGAGUCCUGGUUCCAGACCAAGUCGGAGACCAUUAACAAGGAGGUCAUGACGAGCACAGAGGUCCUUCAGACCAGCAGGACAGAGAUCAACUCCGUCAAGAGCUCCGUUCAGUCCCUGGAAAUCGAGCUUCAGUCACUCCUCAGCAUGAAAGCUUCGCUGGAGGGAACACUAGCGGAGACGCAGUCGCGCUACUCGUCCAUGCUCUCGGGCUACCAGAUGCAGGUGGGCAGCCUGGAGGGUCAGCUCACACAGCUGCGCGGUGACCUCGAGCGCCAGGGACAGGAGUACUCCAUGCUCCUGGACAUCAAGACCAGACUGGAGAUGGAGAUCGCCGAGUACAGAAGACUGCUGGACGGAGGCGCAAGCUCAAGCCUCACCAUCAGUAGCAGUAGCGUGGGCGGAGGGCUCAGCGCGGCCGGAGGUUUCACCAUGAAUGGAGACGCAAGCCUUCUCUCAGGCUCGUCUUCCACCUCCACCACCACCACCACCAAGGUCAUCACCGUCGUAGAAGAGGUGGUUGAUGGGAAGGUGGUGUCCUCCUCCUCUACUUCCUCUGGGCAUCUCAUUCACUAAACCAUCCACUUCAAGCCCACCUGACACCAGCCGGCUCUGGGCCCAAACAGGCCUGACUGGCGUGGGGCCCAUGGGUGUCCAGACCCAGUAAGAGCCUAAUCGUGUCCAGACCCCACCGCUGUCAGUACCAACCAAAAUCAAGUGUCUGAUGGGAGAAUCCACUGUGUGACUUUCUUUUAGUCCAGUGCACUGAGAGCCUCCCUCAUUAUGCUGGACAAUAAAGAGGACAUGCAUAAAAGUACAGUGAAA